GUCUUCGUCUUCUCUCUCCUCUUGCCUCCUUUUUUAAUAUCGUCCUGUGAGUAUCGCCUCAUGUGCGGUGAAUAUACCCUGCAAAACCAAUUAGUUCUUUGAUACCCCUCUCCCCUCCCCGCCUCUGUAACGACUGCUACUCCCAUACCUGCCUGCCCACCAUGUUGAAACGAAGAAGCGCUAUCCACCCAUCUCACGCGACAGGGUUCCGAUCCAAGAGCAUCACCACCACUGCAGCGACAAAGCCCACAAAUCCGUCCUUGAACUCACCCUUCGACGACUUGCCAACCAAUGUAGGAAAUACAAGACCCUUUGAUGACCGCUGUAACACUUCCUCGCCACACGCGACCAUCCCCUCCCGCGAUAACUUUACGACCAAUCCCUUCCUCUUUAAGCCCACCACCGCCAACACCACUGACUCUGAAGCUGGCCGUUCUCAUCAAUGGGACAACUUCACGACAGUAGAGAGGGCAAAUCACACGGACAAUAUCGACCGAUACAAAUUCCAGAGCAAACAGGAGCGCACACGCAGACUAUCACUCGAUCUGCUCAAAGUCCCGUUCGGAUGGCACCGGCGCCAUCGCGCGACCUCUGCAUCUUCAGCCCUGAAACAGCUGACCAAGUCUGGUCCUCAUCACAGCCCACAACACGAGGAGAUUCUCAAGAGUAGCAGAGACACGGACCUUCACCCAGAGCAACAACAGUCGAUAUUGGACCCUGUUGAGGAUCCAUUGGGGGAGAGGGCCAUAUUGAGGAGCGCGAGAUAUCGACCAGAGGAAGUAGACGAUGAUGAAGAAGAAGAGUAUGAAGAGGAUGAACAAGAAGACAUUAAGGAACCAUCCUUUGAUCGUGGCCAGCCAAUGCUGGUUGAAAGACAGGAGCAGCAUUCGUUCAACCCAUUUUUUCAUGCAUUUAAGUCGGACCCAAAAGUCGGUAACACCGUCGAUCUGUGUGACGACGACGACGACGACGAUGAGGGCUCAAGACAGGGCUGGGCUGCAGACAGACAGGGUUAUCGGCAAUCGUGGGCUGCUUCUUGCACAGGAGGAGCCCCUCAGCCAUCACAGCAAUCCUGUCGGCGACACAGUGUCUUUUCGGACUGGUCGAUCGAGGACUAUCCACGACUGUUGGCCUUCCAGAAAAAGCAGCAGGAAAGCGAGGAACGGGAACAAGAGGAGCAGUGUAAAAAGGAGAAGGAGCAGAUGAACGAGAGGAUUUUCUCAGCAUCAAGAACAUCCAUGAGCAGAUCUACGACCGACACAACGCUAGACCAUCCCCAACUCCAACCCCAACAAGACAUCCGCAAACACCAUCGCCACACCUCCGCCUUCUCUCGUCCGCGCACCUCUUCCCCACCACCCUUUCUCACCCCCUGUCCCCGCAGGAACUCAGCCGCCGUCGGCGGAAAUACCAUCCAAACCCAACAACCACGUCCUCGCUCACUACUCGAACCUAUCAAAUGGUCCCACUUCGAAACCAAGUCCCCGCCCUACGAACCAAACAGUACCGUCCAUGACGACUUUGGGGCACAAGACAAAACCAAUGAACGGGACAAGAAAGAGUCCCGGAACGAGAGAGAGCCCUGGAACGAGAAGGAGUCCUGGAACGAAACUUUUACCUCUUCAUCCAAUCGCCCUUUCUCCUGGUGUCCACGAUCGCUGGCCCGGCGCGAAGUUCACUCAUACGCACACGAUUUCACGAAGGACAGCGGCCCUGAGCUCUGGGUGCCGUGUCCAUGGGCGUCCACUGGUUCUAGCUCCAGCCCCACAUCGCCUUCGCAAUACAGGGCCUUUCCACACGAGCGCCCGGAUUAUGAUCCGGGCGCCUAUGCAACCAGCGAGAGCGAUUCCUUUACGACGACGAUGGUGACGCGCAGCCCAAGCCGUCGUGGCUAUCAUCGUCGUCAAACCUCGUACCACGAACCACCGUAUCACGACAUACGUGAAGUUCAAAUGCGACCUUAUGGAAAGGAAGACGACCACGGGAAUGAGUACCAGUGCCGGUAUCAGGACCAGGGUAGUGAAGAUCAUGAUCGUGAACGUUAUAGAGACGAAACCGAGGCGACCGGUCGAUACGAUCGCGUGUACGGGGAUAAAGCGGUUCCAGCACAGAAGGACCGCCUUCGGAGGGACGAUAAGGAUCAUGGAGUUCGGUAUUAUUACAAUUCAUUGAGCUGGCAAGCAGACCUUGGCGACGAUUCUGAAGGCCAUUCAAACAACCAUGACAACUGUAAUUAUAAUAAUAAUAACGGCAACAGCGACGAUGACCACAACGACAACAGCGACAACGACAAUGACGACAACGAGGCGCUGCACCAUUCAUCUCCUGGGAGGAACCCGUUCCAUCGGCCGCGGGGUCUCAUCAGCCGUCAAGCUAAUCUCGCAAAAGCCAAAUUCUACAAACUGCUCAAGCAUCCCCAACACCCUCACCGCCCACUUCAACAUCACGAUCACGAACGCGACCACGAACGCGAACGCGAACAUGAGCCCAAUCAUAUCCUCAUCAGCAACCACAAAAUCAACAAAGAAGAAAAAGAAGCGGGCGAAGAAGCAGGCAAAGAAGAAGAAGAGGAAGAAGAAGUCGCUGGAUACCUUGAAGAGUACGACGACACAGACCCUUCCCGCUCCGAGAGCUCCGUCUAUUCUGUAACCUCCUCCCUUCGCGCGCGCAUGCGUCUGAACCCCAAGACAAAAACCACCCUCAGCCAGGUCAAGCGUCGGAUCACGACUGCCGCCAGGACCGUCAUGACCGAGGCCAAUAAGGCUGUGAACACUGUCCUGUCCGAGGCCAACAAGGCCAAGAUCAGCGUCAGUGCCGCCGCCGCCGCCGCCGCCUCCACGACGGGCAAAGACAGAAGGAAGAAGAAGAAGAAAACCAAUAAGAGCGAUUCCCUGGAAGGUGGACCCGUUGAUGGUCAUAGUCAAGAAUGGGGGGAAGGGAAGGGACUGGGACGAGGGGCAGAUGAGGCGGAAGAUGAGGAUGAGGAGGAUGCGAAGGAAAUGGGGGCGCCGUUUUUGGAUUAUCAGGAAUACUAUCGGCACUAUAGCGAUGGUAUCGAAGGCCGGCCACGGCGCUUGACGGUUUCUGGAGCGAGGCGAUAGAAAAGGAUGUGUGUGUGUGGGAGGAGUCUGGAUGUAGACUGCCGCCGUGGUCGUGGUCAUAGUAACCAAUAGUAAAUGGUAGUUAUAGUAGUUAGUCUAGCCAUACCACUACUACAUGCACAUGCAGCAUAAACCAAAUCCACAUUGACGAGCAAAAAAAACAUGUACAGUCGGAGGACGCGA